GCUGCCAGGAAGUGGCUGCCUUGUUAAAAAUUUAUUUUGCACGCUCCUAGAUUUUCACUGAAGCAAAGCUGGAGUAUUACAGGCUGGAAACCACUUUCUUCCUUGGAUUUGAAGCAGAGGCCCUGCUUCAGUAUGAGAAGAACUGCCUCUAUUUUCUGUUGCUUUGUCAUACUUUCUCUAACACAGGGUGCUCUGAAAAAUGAAAUUCAAAACAUAUGUGGACAGGUGGUGAAUCAGAACCGUAUUGUGGGGGGAGAAGAUGCUUCUCUGAAUGCUUGGCCAUGGCAAGUCAGCCUCCAAUACCAAUGGAAGCAUGUCUGUGGAGCGACCCUCAUUAGCUCUAAAUGGUUACUGACAGCAGCCCAUUGCUUCCUUAAGAAUUCAGUACUCUCUGAUUACCAAGCCAACUUGGGAAACUACCAGCUGUUGAAUCCAGACCCAAAUGCUGUGUGGCGGAGACUGUCUCAAGUGGCUGUGCAUGAGAACUAUACCGGAGAUGGAUCCAGUGGAGACAUAGCUCUGGCUCAGCUAGAGAAACCUGUCCGUUUCACCCAAGGCAUCCUUCCAGCCUGUCUCCCAGAUGCCAAAAUCCAGUUUCCAAAGGGCACCCUUUGCUGGGUAACAGGGUGGGGAUCACCUGCAUAUGGAGCCAAUCUGGGAGGUCUUAAAACAUUGCAGCAGGUCCAGUUGCCAUUGAUAGACACCAUGACCUGUGAUGCCCUCUUUCACAUUGGUACGAAUACCAAUUCUUCCGUCAGAGAGAUCCAGGAUGACAUGUUCUGUGCUGGCUAUGCAGAGGGAAAAAAGGAUGCUUGUCUGGGUGACUCCGGAGGUCCAUUAGUCUGCCAAGAGGAUGGUUCCUGGUUUGUUGCAGGCAUUGUGAGCUGGGGUGAUCUGUGUGGUGUCUCCAACCGCCCAGGAGUUUACACCCGUGUUAGUUUUUAUCAAGACUGGAUUCAGAAUCACUACCCUAAUGUGCAAUUUGGUCUUGUGAAUGUCACUUAUUACCGAGUUGCUUCAUCUCAACCUGCCUCAAGCCAAGUCCUCAAAAGUUUCAAUUUCAUUCUCCAGCUUCUGAUUUCCUGCUUUAUCAUCAUUUUCUGAGACAGAUUGGGAAUCAGACAUUCUAUGCUUUUAUUUACCAAGUUGAUUUUUUUAUGGAAAAAUAAAUCUUAACCAAAA